AUGAGUACUACCAGUAAUGAAUUUGAAUUACAAGAGAUAUUAAAGCAAAGGAAAAAAAAGGAGAUUCAGAAAAGAAAAUUGGAAAUCGAAGAGAGGAAACUACAUCAGAUACAGGAACGAAAAGUUAACAAUACCUCUGUUUAUAUUUCUAAUAUUGAUAUUUCUAGUUUGGCUACAAAAGAAGAUGCAUCCAAAGUACGAGAACAGCUCGUGAAGGAGUUUUCUAGAUUUGGGGUCAUACGUAAGGAUGAAGACGGCGUACAGAAAUGCACCAUGUAUAAAGAUGAAAAUGGGAAAUUGAAGGGGGAUGCAUUGGUUAUUUAUGCUAACCCUGAAUCAGUACCUUUUGCAAUUGAUAUUAUGAAUGGAUUUGACUUUAAUGGGACCAAGUUACAUGUAGAAAAGGCGAUAUUUGAGCCCGUAGAAGCAUCCAUUUUGGAAGAUAAGGUUAACUCUACUCUUUUACCUUCGAAGCGAUUAAAAACAGAUAACCACCAUCCUGAAAGCAAAGUUGAGGAUAGGUCAGUGGUUCUUGCAAAUAUCAUCGAUAUAUAUGCCGAUUUGGACGAUGAUGAACUAGAGGAUAUCAAAGAAGACAUCAAAGAAGGUUGCCAACAGUUUGGUAAAAUAGCUGCCUAUAAAUUUUAUGAGAAUAAAGGUGAGGCCACUGUAACAUUUACUUUAGAAAAGUCGGCUCAAGAGUGUCAAAAAUAUAUGGAUGGUAGAUUCUUUGAUGGAAGAAAGGUUCUUGCUUUUAUAAGCUCUAAGGCCAAUAUUGAACAAGGUGUGAGUGGAGAGGAUUCAGAUAUUCCAGAUGUACAAUAUGACGAUGUUAUAGAGGAAAAUGAUGUGUUUAUUCAAGGUGAUACUUAA